AUGGUGGAGAACUAUGAGAGAUGCUUCCGCCAACCCGGAUUUGAUUGGGAAAUGUUUUUGGUGAAGUUAAGGGAAAGAUUUUAUCCACCUGCAGUGCAGAGGAAGAAGGAAUCAGAGUUUCUAUUUCUGCGUCAGCAGACGAUGUCCGUGGUAGAAUAUGCCGUCAAGUUUAUGGAACUGUCAAGGUUUGUCCCUGAGUUAGUUAGUACCGAGAACUUCAAGAUGACUCGAUUUUUCGAGGGACUGAAUUUGAGGUACCAGAAGCUUAUUGGGAAGUAUAACAGUUAUCAGGAAUUAUAUGAUCUAGCUUUAGAAAAAGAAAGAAUUUGCCAAAAGGAAGAUGAAGCUAAUAAGAAGAGAGGAGGGAAUAAGCAAGGAGGAAAUUAUGACAAGCGUCCAAGGGUGGAAGGAUGGAAUAAUCAAGUGCAAAUGAAUCGGACUCGAAAGCCAGAAAAGUUGGAGAAAUGCACUAGAUGUGGGAAAAUGCAUGCCAAAAGUAUUACUUGUACUGGAGUACCCAUAUGUUAUAAAUGUACAAAGCCUGGACAUCUGGCAAGAGAUUGUACAACAAAUGAUGGUAGGGUUAUACAAGGGAACCAGGGAAGAUUCGAUAACCGACAGGGAGGAAACACAGUGGGACUCAAUCGCUACAACAACCGUGGAGGAAACGUGGGAUCUUCCGGUCGAGCAGCGGGUAAGAUGUAUGCCAUGACAGAGGAAGAAGGUGCAACAUCAGGCUCGGUGGAGGUGGAAGGUAAUGUAAUUUCGGGUACAUUCCCUGUGUGUUAUGUUCCUGCUUAUGUGUUAUUUGACUCUGGAGCAUCCAAAUCUUUUAUAUCGAAUGCUUUCUUGAAAAAGUUAAACCCUACUCCUGAAUCAGUUAAGAUAGAAUUCUCAAUAGAUAUACCCGAUGGGACUAAGGUGAGGUGUAAUAAGUUAUACAGGGAUUGCCUAGUGAAUAUCUCAGGAACUGAGUUACAAGCUGAUCUUAUAGGAUUUGAUCUGAAACCGUAUGAUGUAAUUUUAGGGAUGGAUUGGUUGAGUAAGCAUAGGGCUCUAAUUGAAUGUUAUGAGCAAAAAGUGAAAUUGAAGACAUUGGGGGGAAAUAAGAUAUUGUAUCAGGAAAUGGUAGAAAAACCGCACAUUAAGAUCGUUUCCGCUAUGAAGGCAAUAAAAAGUUUUGGCAAGGGUGUUUAG